GGAGCUACGAGACGGACACAGUCGGCGUCAAGCAUUCCAUUCUUGUUGUCGGGGCUGUUACUCACCUGGUGAUUUCCUGGGUGGCUGCCUCGUCCCAUUUAUUGAUUUACAAGACGUGAAUUCCAUGUGGUUCGCCCAAUUUUGCUCUGUCGCACUUAUCAAGUAUUCUACGGAUGCCUCCCUUGGUUCUGUAAACAACACGAGGCGUACCUCGUUCUCCCAGGGUGUCCACGAUGGGCAUUAAAGGACUCCAUGGCCUUCUCAAGUCAAUCCAGAAACCAUGUCACCUGAAGAAGUUUAGCGGACAGACACUUGGGGUGGAUGCAUAUGGAUGGCUACAUCGGGGUACGGUGGCCUGUUCCGUUGAUCUAGUCUUGGAUCGACCAACGGCGAAGCACAUUGAUUUCGUCCUGGGCCGAGUUCGUAUGCUUCUGUAUUUCGGCGUAAAACCGUACCUAGUUUUUGAUGGCGACAACCUACCGAGCAAGUCCGGCACUGAGCUAGAUAGACAAAAGAGGCGCAAAGAGAGCAAAGAGCUAGGAUUGGAACUCCUUCGCAAAGGACGCACUGCGGAGGCGUACCAAGAAUUCCAAAAGGCCGUGGAUGUGACACCACUGAUGGCGCGUCAUUUGAUCGAGGAAUUGAAGAAAAUGAAUAUUCAAUAUGUGGUCGCUCCAUAUGAGGCCGACGCGCAACUUGUAUACCUGGAACAGAAUGGCUUUAUUGACGGCAUCAUAUCCGAAGACUCCGACCUGCUUGUAUUCGGUGCUAAACGACUGCUGUCCAAACUUGACCAACAUGGAGACUUCGUCGAGAUCAAUCGGGCCGAUUUCACUGCGUGUCGAGAAGUAAGUUUUGUUGGUUGGACGGACGCCGACUUCAGACGCAUGUGCAUUUUGAGCGGUUGCGACUAUCUGCCCAACAUAGGUCGCGUCGGUCUGAAGACUGCAUACCGAAGCAUCCGGAAGUACAGAAACGUGGAAAGGGCACUUCGGAUGCUCCAGUUCGAGGGCCAGUACCACGUUCCGGCGGACUACAUCCGAAGUUUUAAACAGGCUGAAUUGACUUUCCUUUAUCAGAGAGUUUUUUGUCCUAGAGAUGGCAAGCUAGUUACCUUGACGCUCCCGGAAAGUGACAUUAACUUGGACGAACUUUCGUUCAUAGGUGAUGAUAUGGACCCUGAAAUCGCAGUUGGGGUUGCACAUGGCGAUCUGGACCCGACCUCCAAAGAACCACUUGUGGUGAAGCCGCUGAAUGUGAGCAAAGCGGAACCCAAGAAAUCGGUUCCUUCGUUGAACCGACGGCAGACUAUAAGUUCGUUCUCUGAACUCAAGCCAUCCAAGCCGAUUAACUCUUUUUUCACCCCGAAACGUGUCCCACUUGCCGAGCUGGACCCAAACAGUCUGACGCCGUCGCCAAGUCAGCAGCGACUGCUUCAACGCCAUGCAAACACAUCGUGGGAACCGUCCCCUGCUCCGCGCCAACCAUCUGUUGUUAGGUCUGCUCCUGCCAAUGGUUUGUCUAACCGGCUUCCGAGUCCACUCGUGAGAAGUGCGGAGCGCUCGUCAUUUUUAGCACGCGCUUCAAAGUUGUCAAACAUGCAGCCCACUAAACGCCAAAGGCUUUGCUCUGAGACAGAUGAAGCCAGCCCGGUUACUACACCAGACUGCCGCAGCCGCUUCUUCGCGGCUGGUUCAAAUCAAGGUACACCUAGCGGGGGGCAAAAGUUCAACCGAAAUAAGAAAGUGCGCAAGUCUACGUUAGAUGUCUUUUCGGAUGACAUGGAAGAUAUAAUGUCACAGAUCCCCGAUCCAAGCCAAGUGGAUGAUAAACCGGAGGAAGAGAUUUCAGCAGUGAAUGAUCCUGGUGGAAACGCUAAUUCGGAGGAUACAGUAGCCGAGGAAACCCUCGCAAAUGGAGCUGGGGGCAAUGCCGACCAUUUCCACCCAGAUUACGAGGAGUCGACCCCCAACCCUAGUCAUGAAGGCGUGGCGCAGGCUAAAACUGUAACCCCCGAUUCAGAGCCCGAGGUCUUUCACCAAGUGCUUGACUACCAUGUCAAACGCCAAAACUCGGCAAUCCUCUCAAAAUAUUCCUUCAAAGCUAGUGGAGCCGGACCAGGGCCAAGAGUGGCGCGAGAAGCGGAUAGUGAAAGCACUGGGGCUCGCACUCCCCCUACACAACGACUUACACCAUUGCAACGGCUGGGCCAGAACGCUUUGGCUAGAUCGCGGUCUUUGAAUAGCGUGCCAGCGUCUCCUUUGAUUUGGAGGGCCCCUGCUCGUUUCGAUAAGAGCUCUAGCGCAAGCCCUGGUGAUAUUAAACCCGAGACCAAUAUUUGUUCUGGUCAAGGCAGCGAGGACCUUAUAGUCCCUGAUAGCGAGGAAGAAGAGGAUGACACGGGCGACGACACGACUGGCCAAUCUCGGGUGACAACUUUGGAUCUCAAGCGAUUCUCUUUUACGAAAAAAUAGAGUGUACUCUGUUGGUUUACCAUAGCACCUUAGUCAUGGGUGGUGCAUUAUUGGAGUUUGGAUGUUAUCGGAUGAGUUAUCGGUUGGUAAAUGGAAGCUGGUGUUCAAACGGUUGCUUUCUUUUGGCGUUGUAUUGAGUUAAUAUUCUAUAUUUUGGCACUGGCCUUGGAAUUAGAAAUACAAAAAACUCGUCGAU